AUGUCGCUGCCGAAACGUAUCAUCAAGGAAACCGAGAGGCUCAUUGCCGAUCCAGCGCCCGGUAUCAGCGCGACUCCUCACGAGGAUAACUUGAGAUACUUUGACGUUGUCAUCUCCGGUCCUGCGCAGAGCCCCUUCGAAGGUGGUGUCUUCCGUCUCGAACUCUUCUUGCCGGAAGAGUAUCCCAUGUCGGCUCCCAAGGUCCGCUUCCUCACAAAGAUCUACCACCCAAACAUCGACAAGCUCGGCCGCAUCUGCCUAGAUAUCCUCAAAGACAAGUGGUCUCCAGCGCUUCAGAUCCGCACCGUCCUCCUCUCCGUACAAGCUCUGCUCUCCGCACCCAAUCCGGACGAUCCGCUCGCCAACGAUGUCGCUGAGCACUACAAGAAGGAUGAGAAGGGAGCAAUCGAGGUCAGCAGGCAAUGGACGGCAUUGUAUGCCAAGUGA